AUGGGUAAGGCCAAGUCAGUAAGCACUCCCCUGGCUCCUCACUUCAAGUUGACCAAAGACCAAUCUCCUAAAACUAAAGCUGAAAGAACCUACAUGGAUAAUGUACCUUAUGCUAGUGGGGUUGGAAGCCUAAUGUAUUCUAUGGUCUGUACUCGACCUGAUUUGGCUCAAGCAAUGAGCAUAAUUAGCAGGUUUAUUUUUUAUCCUGGAGAACCUCAUUGGGAAGCUCUUAAAUGGAUACUAAGAUAUGUCAAGGGCACUCUUGAUAUUGGUCUGGUCUAUGAUUCAAAACUUAACAACAUAAAGGUGGUAGCUGGUUAUGUUGACUCUGAUUAUGCAAGAUGCUUGGACACUCGAAGAUAUACUACUGGUUAUGUUUUCACAGCUCAAGGUGGAUGCAUUAGUUGGAAAGCCACUCUACAAAAAGUUGUCGCCUUAUCCUCAAUUGAGGCUGAAUAUAUGGUUGCAACAGAGGCCAUUAAGGAAGCCAUCUGGAUUAAAGGAUUGACAAAAGAGCUUGGUUUCAACUCUGAUAACAUCACAGUAUACUUUGACAAUCAAAGUGCCCUUCACUUAAUGAAAAAUCCUAUGUCCCAUGAACGAUCCAAGCACAUUGACAUUAAGCUUCAUUUCAUUCGGGAUGUUAUUGCCAACAAAGAGGGUCAUGUGAUGAAGUUUUGGAACUUGAACAUUGUAAGGAGUGAAUCUCCAUUGUUGUACAUUGCUUCUGCUCAAUAUAUUUUGAAGCUUGCUUUGGCUGUUUCCCCGUGGAGUUGA